AUGGUUGAUACAACUACACAUGCUAUUAUUGAAGAAUAUCAACCAAAUAAAACAUCAACUAUUCAUUUAACUGAUGAAGAAAUAACAAAAACUAAUAAUGGUGAAUGGAGAUUAUUGGAAGAAUUAAUUGAAAAGAAAAAUGAACAAGAAUCUCGUAUUAAUGAUACAAAUAUUGUUCAACCACCAUUAUUUGCUAUACAAGUUGCAUUAGCAGCUUUACUUGUUUCUUGGAAUAUAUAUCCAUCAUCUAUAAUAUCACAUAGUGCUGGUGAUCAAGCAGCUGC